AUGAGCAAGUUUUACAGCUAUAGUCCGAGUGCAGACAUUUAUCAAAUAUUCGAUCGUCAUGAACGUCAAUUACGAGAGCAGCACAAAAAUUUGGUCGACGUCUUGUAUGAAUGGCAAACUCGACUUAUUACUACAGUUCAGCAGCAUGUUAAAGAAAAGAUGAAUGAACUCGGGACGCAAUACAAUCGCAGGCUAAAUAAGAUAUUUGAAAAACGAACAGAGUUUCUGAAUAAAGCCAAUAUUUAUCAUCUGAAUAAAAAUGAUAAAGAAAUAAAAAAUUUGGUGAAUAAAUGUGAACUUUUAAAAUUUGAAUUAGCCAAACUAACGUAUAAGCACCGUGAAGCUGUAUUUCCAAAUAUACAAGUGAUACAAACCGAAUAUGUAGAACAAGAGGAUAUCUCGUCUUUCAUUAUAGACUCUGCUGAUUCUAACAGGCCUACGACAUCUACAAUGACUGAUAAAAGACAAGCUUCAUCGACGUCGAGAAAAGAAGAGAAUGUGACAGAAAAACCGCAAUCCGAUUUUAUCGUCGAUGAUAACGCGCAGGUAAGAAUGACGACUAAUCAACGAAACGUUGAUUCUUAUGGCUAUACUGUUAGUGAAUUUUUUAUUUCAAGUUGA